UUGCAGUGAUGGCAUGCUGGCAGUUUGUGGCGCCUGUGUUCGUGCAGCCCAAGGCCAACCGGGGCUUGGAAGCCGCCGCGCCGGCAGCCAUGGGUGCUCUCGUCACGAUGGCUUCCUCCUUGCCUGCUGAGGCGACAGUCCCCGCCAAGGGACCGCUCUAUGGCACAGAGCUUUGCACCAAGCCGCUGAUCUACAUCAUCUACCCGCUGUGCGAGCCCGUCUUCUUG